GUUCCUUCCAGCUUUCAUAUUUAAACCAGAUUCAAAUACUUCUAUCAUUUCAUUCUCUAGUCAACCAUCGACUAACUAACUUUGCUGGAAAUCAAAUUCGAACUUCAAGGACACAUCCUUGAAGUGCAUAAUAGCUGGGGAAAUUUGUCUGACGAAAUGAAGUUCCUACUGCUUCUCACUUUUGUGGCCUUUACUCUGCUAAUCCCGACGGAGGGAAAAUGCUUCGGGAACAAUUGGAGAUGGCGGGACCUGGAAUGUCGGGGCCCCCGUUACGAUAAGAGAUUCAGCUUCUCACUCACCAAAACUCAAAAGAGAAACUUUUGCUGUGAAGAUGCGCCUAAUACUUCGUGCUGGUGGGAUGACUCUACGGCCCGUGACGCCCAGUGCCAAGGACUGCGAGAGGACUUAAGGUACAGCUAUAAACUUCUUAUGUGGACGAAGUACUGCUGCUCGGAUCCUCUUGUCAUGGGACCAGCAUGUUUUCACAACGAUUGGAUUGCACGUGACGAGGCGUGCAAAAAUUCCACAGAAAAAUACUCGGUCCCUGUCACACCUUGGUUCAGAGAUUACCCGGGCGCUAUUGGUGGCACGUUUUAUUGCUGCCCGCCCGGAAGUUACUGGGUGGAGAAGGAUUGAUUAAACUCAUUUAUUUGACACAUCCGUAUGCCUUGGUAACAUUGUAAAAUCCGUAAAUUCUAUAAACUUUCACAGUUUUACAAAGUCUUACAAAUAUUUCUCAGAUUUUUAGAUUAUCUUAGAUUUUCUAAAUUAAUUUAAACAUUUGUGUAAACUUACUUAUUGUUAGAUCGUGACUCUUAUUUUGUAAGGGUUUGUAAAAUUAUUUGUACAAAACUUACUUAGUUUAUAACGUUAUCAGUGACGAUGUACAUAUAUACGUGAAUUUCCUGAAUACAGUUUUUUUCUAAUUGUUAUCUACAAAAGUGUCAAAAUAAAUUAGUUACUAACGAUUAUCUGUAAGAAAGUUUCCGCAAUUAAAUAUACAAAAGGCGUUAGGA